GCUACUACAAAAUGGCCGACGCUAGUAGACAGGAAAAGCUGGCUGCAGCUCGAAAAAAGCUGAAGCAGUUCCAGCAACAGAAGACCUCUGGCAAAACUCCUUCCAAUUCUCCGACAGCAUCUAAACCCAGAAGUAGUAAUAAAACCAAGAAGAACAAAAGUAAUUCAAAGAAAAAUACAGUGAACAAUGACAGCGAUCGAGCAUUGUCGCCAGAAACCACCACAUCUGCAACUACAAAUUGUACCGAGCCUCUCCAGCCACCCAUAUCAAGCGAUACAUCAAGAGAUGACAGUCUAAAUGUUUCAUCUCCAUCAAAUCCUGUACCAGAGAGGCCAAUGUCUUCGACUGAAAGCUUGCGGCAGAUCUCAAGACAAUUGAAUGGUCUCAUGUCUGAGGCAUCAUUCUUGAAUAGCAUGGAUGAUCCAGUUAUUGAUGAGGAUGCUGGUAUCAGGGAGCUUGAGUCGCGUAAUCGUGAACUAGCGUCGGCACUGGAGACUAAUGUCCAAACUAACCAACAGCUGACUCUGCAACACGAGGAACUAGAAAGAGUGGAACAUGAGAGCAAAAUGUUGAAAGAGAUAGGCGCAUUAAAGGAACAGUUGCAGGUUCACAUUCAGACCAUCGGCAUCUUGGUCUCUGAGAAAUCCGAACUACAGACGUCUCUGAAUCAUAGUCAGAUGACCCUGAAACAAAAAUUAGAUGAGGUUGAUAACCUUAGUACAAGACUACAGGCAUCACGUCAUCGUACUGCUGAACUAGAACGAGAUUUAGCAUCAAGAACGAACUCCAGUAAUCUUUAUGAAAAGACAAGUAAAGAAUUUGAAAGAUCAAGAGAUCAGCUAAAAAUGGAUGUAUAUAAUUUAAGGUAAGUUUAGACAA